AUGGACAUGAACGACAAGAUGGAACUCCUCAAAGUUCGUCCACGCAUCUCAUUAUCACGCUCAUAUCCGAUGCUCCAACGCCUCACUCGCUCUGCUCGUCCAACACAAAACAGGCAUCUUUCUCUCACGACUCGCAAAUCUCGCGUUUGCUUGCAACACCAACAAGAAACAAGUCCACUCCGUUCGCCAGCAGAACUGAAUUUCAGAAAGCAAUUCACCCGACGUGUAGAAGAAGCUCAGCAAACGCUCACAAUCACUGACUUACCACCUGAACUCCACCACAGCAUCAUCGACUUUCUCGACCCCAUCGAUAGUACGUGUCUCGGGUUGGCAAGCCGCUACUUCUAUACCCUUCAUCGACGACGACAUGGCACUGUCCAGCUCGCCACGAGACGUCCGAGGCCGGACCACCGAGAAUGGGCACGGAGGUCAGCAUCCGCUUUGUCGGCCUUCAAGUCCAUCGACGCAACAACGGCGAUGACUGUGACUGACCCUAUGGACGAUGCCACGCUGGCAAACGAGCAACCGAUAUCCCAUCCGCAGCCGCGACCACCCUCCUGCUGCGCAAAGUGUGGGCUCGAGCGCUGUGAACUACAGAGACACAUCCGAGACUGGUUUCCUCCAGACCACGAAUACUGCACCAUCUCUGAGAAGUACGAAUUCCAGCUGGUGUGGGAAACACCAUCCACGAUCCCUACCGAAAAGGAUGGGGUAAAAGAUGAUCUGGGUGGUAUAGGAGAGGAGCACCCCUGGUUUACGCAACUUUGUGUCACGGGACUCAUCCGAGCUUCACCCACUCUCAAUUCACCCCUCAAUACAGUUGAAUAUGAAUUAACUGACUCGUUGUAUUCCCCCUUUGGGGCAGCAUCUCCCUGCCGCAUACCCGUUGAUCGCAUGAACCCCCGGUUCGGUUCGCAAUCGCGGCCGAAUCGCCAGGAGCCUGGGUUGCUGCUCACGAGCAAACCCUCAAAAGGAUGCCAAGACUUUGAAAAAGUUCGAGAAGCAAGCAACGCCGCAGGCCAGCAGAGGCCAGGAACCCACAGCUUCCCGCGCCCCCCGGAGUUGGAGAAGUGGCAACUCCGGCUCCCCGGAUUUAUCCCCUCCCUCUAUUACCUGGGAUUCCAAGUACUCGCCGAGUCAUUGUGUCUUUACAUCAAUUACCCGAUUCGAUGGGAAGGCGGUAAAGAACACGGGGUCGAGCCAAUCAUGUCGAGUCGGACGGCUGGAUCUGGGGUGAUGGGCUAUGCUUCGCAAGGAUACUACGAUGUCGCUCGAGACGAGGGGGGAGGCGGGAGGGAGAGCGGGACUGGGAAGUCUAUUACAAAUGGUGCGUUUACAGACGCUAGCACACUUCUCUCCAGCGCAUCGAGUCGCGGAGGCGCGACCGAGGCCGACAAUAAGUCCCUGUUUCCACUUGUUUCUCCCCACCGGGCAAUCAUGGAACCUGUACCGUCAACCUUGUUGAUUGACAUACUGCUAUUUGUUCUUAUUGACGUGAACAAACGCAUCGGUUCUCUGCCCUCUUUGGCCUUGAAGCGCGCGGACAAAGAAACUGGUCAUGGCUGGACACAAAGAAUUACGAGAUGA